AUGCCUUCUGAUACCUCCUCUCCAGCCCUCCCACCCCCCGCCUUGGAUACUAAUGGAGCUGCAAAUGCCCCGGAGUCUCCCACUCCUACCUCUGCCGCUGAUGUGGUGCAAACACCCACCGCAUCCGGCUCAACAAAUGCACCUCAUUCGGCUUCCCUCUAUGUUGGGGAAUUGGAUCCCUCUGUCACCGAGGCUAUGCUCUUUGAGCUAUUCUCUUCCAUCGGUCAGGUGGCUUCUAUCCGCGUCUGCCGUGAUGCUGUUACGCGGAGGUCUCUUGGAUACGCUUAUGUCAACUACAACAACACCGCAGAUGGUGAACGAGCCCUCGAAGAGCUCAACUAUACCUUGAUCAAGGGCCGUCCCUGCAGAAUAAUGUGGUCGCAGCGUGACCCAGCCCUUCGUAAAACAGGCCACGGAAACGUAUUUAUCAAAAACCUCGAUAUAGCCAUUGAUAAUAAAGCUUUGCAUGAUACGUUUGCAGCUUUUGGAAACAUCCUCUCCUGCAAGGUCGCACAGGACGAGAAUGGGAAUUCCAAAGGAUAUGGUUUUGUUCACUACGAAACAGCAGAGGCCGCUACCAAUGCCAUCAAGCAUGUUAAUGGCAUGCUCUUGAAUGAAAAAAAGGUCUAUGUCGGACAUCAUAUCCCAAAAAAGGAACGCCAAAGCAAGUUCGACGAGAUGAAGGCGAACUUUACCAAUGUUUACGUCAAGAAUAUUGACCCAGAAGUUUCAGAUGACGAGUUCCGUACACUUUUCGAAAAUUUUGGUCAAAUCACAUCCGCCAGUCUAGCCCGUGAUGGUGACAGCGGAACGUCGCGAGGGUUUGGGUUUGUUAACUUCUCAUCGCACGAGGCCGCCGCCGCCGCCGUCGAUGCACUACACGAAACGGAACUCAAGGGCCAAGCACUCUUCGUUGGUCGAGCGCAGAAGAAACACGAGAGAGAGGAAGAGCUUCGUAAGCAAUAUGAAGCUGCCCGCAUCGAAAAGGCAAGCAAGUAUCAAGGGGUCAAUCUUUAUGUCAAAAACCUUGACGAUGAAAUUGAUGAUGAGAGGCUUCGGCAAGAAUUUUCGCCGUAUGGGACAAUCACAAGUGCAAAAGUUAUGCGGGAUUCGUUAGAUAGUCCGAAAGAGAAAGAUGGGGAAGAGAGUAAGGUAGGCGAGCCCGAGGAAAAGGCGACGGAUAAAAAACAAGGCAAGAGUAAAGGAUUCGGGUUUGUCUGCUUCAGCAAUCCCGAUGAAGCAUCUAAGGCCGUCGCAGAGAUGAACCAGCGUAUGGUAAAUGGAAAACCGUUGUAUGUCGCUCUUGCCCAACGCAAAGACGUACGCAAAAGCCAGCUCGAAGCCUCUAUUCAACAGCGAAAUCAAAUCCGGAUGCAACAAGCUGCUGCCGCUGCUGGAAUGCCACCACAACCAUACCUAUCCGCACCACUCUAUUACCAACCAGGAGCACCAGGAGUUCAACCUCCUUUCCUAGCGGGGCCUGGUGGUCCCGGCGUUCCGCCAAACAGGCUUCCUUUCCCCCCACAGCAGGCCGGAAUGAUGAUAUCCGGGGCUGGUAGAGCGAGCGGCAACUGGCCGCCCAGUGCAAACCCAUCCGGAGGGAACAGAAACGGAACACAAGGUCAACCGGCUCCAAUUUAUGGAAUGACAGGCCAAGGCGGCCCUGGCGGUCAAUUUGGCUAUGCCCAAGCAUUUAACCAGGCCCAACUAGCAGCAAUGAACCCAGCAGCUCGAGGUGCCCCACAACUAGGUCUAAAUCCGGGGAGGGGUCUUUCUAGCGGAGGUGUCAACCAGCAGAUGGGGCAUCAACAACGUGGACCGCUAGGUCGAGGAGUCGCGCCAUCGCAAGGCAGGGGAUAUCACAGUGACCAGGCGUCACAAGGUGCACCGCCUCAAUUAGCUAACUUAAACAAUCUACCACCUCAACAACAGAAGCAAGUGCUUGGUGAAGCCCUGUAUCCGCGUAUUCACGCUAUCAAUCCCCAGCUAGCAGGCAAAAUCACAGGGAUGCUCCUAGAGAUGGAUAAUAAUGAGUUGCUCAAUUUGAUUAAGGACGACUCAGCACUCCGAAACAAGGUUGACGAAGCGCUUUCGGUCUAUGACGAAUAUGUAAAGUCGAAAGCUACCGACGACACUCCCGCCACACCUAGUGCCCAAGCUGAUACAGCAAAGCCAUCAGAAGAAGUUCCCGCUCCCAAAGAAGAUACUAAAGAGUCUCCCACAACUCAGGGGUAA